GCAGCAUAAAACAAAAGCAGCCCUACCCACGCACAACAGCAGGAGCGACUAAGAUGAAGGCUCCCACAUUGGCGGUUGUGUUGUGUGCGGCGGGCGCGAGUGCAUUUGUGGGGACGCCCGUUGUGCAGCCAAAGGCAUGUGCCACCACACGAAGGCACUCGUCCUCACAACCGCUGAACAUGGCGGUGAUUGACACGACCAAGCCGCCGAAGCUGACGAAGCGCCCGGCGAAGCUGAAGGUGAUCGAGGAGGUGAAGUCGCUGCUCGAGAGCUCGUCGAUGGUCUUCUCGGUGCCCUCCUCGUACAUCUCGGCCAACCAGGUGGUGGCCCUGCGAAAGGACCUGCCGGAGGGCUGCACGGCCAAGGUGGUGAAGAACAAGCUGAUGCGCAUCGCCAGCGACGGCUCGGAGUUCGCGCAGCUGGCGGACGUGACCACCGGGGAGAACUUCUGGAUAUUCAUUGAGGGGGAGGACAACCUGGCCGAGCCCAUCAAGUAUGUGGCCGAGUUCGCCAAGCAGUUCGACAAGGACACGCCGGGCUGGGGCGGCUCGCCGUUCAAGUCUGGCGUGUUCGGCGGGGACGUGCUGGACGGACCGGGGGUCGUGGCCAUCUCCAAGCUGCCGACCAAGAAGGAGCUCAUGCAGCGCCUGGCGAUCGCGGUCAACAGCGUGCCCACCAAGCUGGGCAGAUCGAUCAACCUUGUGCCGACCAAGGUCGGCCGCGCGGUGAAGCUGGCGUUCGCGCCGGAGGAGGACGACGCACCAGAAGGGGACGCCGCGGCAGCAGAAUAGGGAGGGUUAGAUGCAGGAGGAGACUGGGCGCCCGGUUUUGUCGAAGGCUCCAGGGCCUGAUGAUUGUGUGUGUUGGGCUGAGAAGAAGUCGUCUCUGGAUUGAUGGCCGCCGCCCCAGAGGUGGUGUUCGGUUGACUGCUGUAAUGUGGAGAUUUUCGAUCUCUUUGUGGCCGGUAUUUGGUUUUUCGAAUGCCGACCGGCCCACUUGCCCCCCGUGAAGAUUGGGACAUGUCGGUUAUGGCUGGCAGAGGCCCAGCAGAGCUUCGAGAGGGCUUUUUCAGUCGAAGGCCUCUCACGGACGUGCUCGCAUGGUUGCCUGAGUUGGUUCGGUAUUGCCGCAGCUUUCUUUCCAUGACAUGCACGGUUUGGUUUGGACGUGAAGGCCGCGAGGGGGGGGUUCUAGAAAUGAUGCAGCCGCCGUCUUUCGGUGGGUGGUCGACAUGAGUAGCCUACACGUACAUAAAUUACUCUCACCCGGCACAUCGAGAAACGGUUCAUCAAACGGAAGUAAGGCGGCGAAAGAAUUGUGGGGUUUUGGUUAGACUUUGUCACAAGUGUUACUGGACUUUGAAGCCUUUG